AUGAUGAGGGAGAUCGAAGAAGCAGAUGCAUCUAAGACGUCUUUGGGCAAUGUUAUGCUAUAUCUGAAUAUCAACACCUUAAUCAGACAACUGCUGUUUUAGUAACAGAAUUCUAUUCAAG